CCUCCCCUCCCCGUCCAAGUCGCCCCGACUCCCCAUGGACUCCUUCGCGUUCGACCACUACACCUCCUACUCCGACGCCUCCACCCCCCGCACGCCCUCCCCGAGGACGUCCAUCUCCUCCGACGACAUGCACCCAUACCCCACCCCGCCCUCCUACAAGGGCAACGUCGACAUCCACCUCUCCCGCAACAUCUUCGACCACCACCCCGACGAUGGUGGCGUCGUUGUCACCGACCACGCCGGCGUAUGGUCUGCGCCCUACAGCAACUCCUUCCCGACUCCCCCGGGCUCCCGCGGCUCCCUGCUCGAGGAGCUCUACGAACCCGACAUCCGUGAUCACGGUGUCCCGCAGUCCGUAUACCUCGACCACCGCCACCAGCAGUCCGCCGAGCCUGGCUUCCACGGAGGAAACUGGUCCGGCAUCCCGCAGACCGCCAACGGCCAGCACAUGCAGCAGCAGCAGCAGCACAUGCGCCACCCCCACGACAUUGCCAUGACCCGCCGCGCCACCUUCCCCUACGUCCGUCACGAUCGCGAGCACAUGCAGUACGGCUCCCCCUUCCUGGGCAGCGACCACGACUCGGUGAGCCCUUACGGCUCCCGUCCCGGCACCAUGUACAGCGAGCCCUUGUCCAUCGACGGCUCCCCGCACAUGGGCAUGUGCGAGCCCAUGCACCACCACAUGGACGAGCCCUUCGCGCACUCCGUGCCCAUGAACGGCUCCCCGCAUCCCCCCUACCACGACUUCCACCCGCACCACCCUCUCGACGGCAUCAAAACCGAGGAGAACUCCGUCAUUGUCCCCUCCCAGACUGCGUGGAACCGGCCGCCUUCAGCAGGAAUGCAGCCUCUUCCGUGCCUCUCCCCGCACGCGGGCCUCAUGGUGCAGCACACGGACGACGCGGCCUCGAAGGAGACGCAGUACCUCCGGAGGCGAUGCUUCAACUGCCACACGACCGAGCCGCCCAGCUGGCGCCGGUCGACGCUCAACCCCGGCAAGAUCGUCUGCAACAAGUGUGGCCUGUACGAGCGCACGCACUUGCGGCCGCGCCCGCUCCGCUUCGACGAGCUCCGCGCGGGCAGCAAGACGCGCAAGCAGCCAAAGGUCAACGGCUCGCCGAAGGUGUCGAAGCUCCCUCCUCAGAUGAUCAAAAAGGAGCCGUCGGAGGGCGACAACGUGAUGCCGCGCCGCUCGUCGGUGUCCUCGUCCGCGUCGUCGGUGCACUCGGGGAGCAGCGACUGGGAUGACUCUGUGUCGGUGUACUCGUCGGGCUCCAACCCGCCGUCGUCGUUCAACUCGCCCGCGGCGUCGACCUUCCCCAUCCCGCGCGAUCCCAAUUCGCAGUCCCCUCCUUUGGAAGGCGGCAUUCGCCUCCCGAAUGCUCCGCUCUCUGACAUCGCGUCCCUGCAGUCCGCGCACGGCUCCCCGCCGACGCCGCGCAAGGCCUCGACCAUGCCCGUUCCUUACUACCCCUCCUCCUCUCCCGCUAUCCAGCAGGCGCAGCAGGCCGACUACUUCUCGCGCCGGGGCUCGCUCCCCAGCGAGAUGCAGCGGCGACCGCUCGAUGGCCCGAUCCCCGAGGUGACGGGGUGGCAGAGCGUGCCGCUGUCCGACAUCGCGCCCGACGCGAAGUCGUCACCGCGGCCGCCGAGCCAGCCCAUCGCCGCGUGAGCGCGACCUCCUUUCCGCCUCCUCCUUCGCAUAGACUCUCCCGAUACCUUCUUCGCAUUUGUCGCAUUAGCAUUCGUGCGCGCGGCCUGCCUGUGCUCUCCUCGGACGGGCGCGCUUGUUUAUACUGCAAAAUUAGCUCCUCGCCCCCAGAUACCACUCUCCCCCCUCAUACCACCCGCCCGCGGUGCCGGCAGCGGCAGCGGCGGCGACGCACGCAAAACGGCACGCUCUCGCCUGUACACUUCCGCAUCUCCGUCCCCCACCAUUGUAUCACCCACCCCACACCACCACCCCCACCGCUUCCCCCUCCCGCACGCAUCCCGUCCGUUGCAUAGCUGUUCAUCCACUGGUCUGUUCUUGAAGGUAUCCACGCGCUAUUUUUCGUUACUUAUUGGUCCCCCGCUCUCCGGUCUCCUCUCCUCCCCUGCCUCUACUAUCGACGCCUCGUCCUCCGGCCGCGCAGUGUCCGCGGCCGCCUGCUGUUGCUGCCUGGUGCCCGCCCACUCCCCACCCCUUCCGCUCCUUUGCUUGGUUGCCUGGACUUGCACGCGCGCGCGCUCGAUGAUCUAACUAUCUAUUUAUUACUUGUGUGUCGUACUACAGGUCCUCUGCUGCAUAUUCCCC